AUGGCCGCAGAUCGUCUGAGCUCCCUCCUGAGUCACCUCAAACCCGGCGCCGCUAACGGCCUCGCCGCCAUCACCCAAAAGAACCCCGACGAUGUGGUCAUUACACUAGCUCUCCGUACGCCUUUAACCAAGGCGCGCAAGGGUGGUUUCAAGGAUACAGAGUUGGACUACAUUGUCUACGCCCUGCUCAAGGAGACAUUGUCCAAGUCGAAGAUCGACCCUGCCUUGAUUGAAGAUGUCUGCCUGGGUAACGUUAAUGAGGUCAAGGCCGCUUACAUGGUUCGCGCCGCAGCGCUGGCUGCCGGUAUUCCCCACACCGCCGGUGCUUCCUCGGUAAACCGAUUCUGUUCGUCUGGACUCAAGGCCGUGCAGGACAUCGCCAACCAGAUCCAGCUCGGUGCCAUCGAUGUUGGUGUCGCUCUCGGCGCCGAGCUGAUGUCUGCCGCUGGCGACCGGUUGGAGAAGCCCUUCAACGAGGAGGUUCUCCGUAACCAGGAGGCUGCCGACUGCAUGCAGCCUAUGGGUCAGACAUCCGAGAACAUCGGAAAGGACUUUGGUAUUCCUCGCGAAGAGCAAGACAGAUACGCCGCUGAGUCUUUCCGUCGUGCCGAGGCUGCGCAGAAGGCCGGAUGGUUCGAUGACGAGAUUGCUCCUAUCAACGUUAAGGUCAAGGACCCCAAGACUGGCGAGGUUAGGGAGAUCACCGUGUCUCGCGACGACGGUAUUCGCCCGGGUACCACUUUCGAGUCGCUGUCCAAGAUUCGUCCUGCGUUCCCUCAGUUCGGUGAUAAGUCCACUGGUGGAAACUCCAGUCAGGUUACCGAUGGUGCCGCUUCCGUUCUUCUUAUGCGUCGCUCCAAGGCUAUCGAGCUUAACCAGCCCAUUCUUGCUAAGUUCUGCGGUGCUACCGUUGCUGGUGUGCCUCCUCGCGUCAUGGGUAUUGGCCCAACUGCCGCUAUCCCCAAGCUGCUGAGCAAGUUCCAGCUUGACAAGAACGACAUUGAUAUCUAUGAGAUUAACGAGGCAUUCGCCUCUAUGGCAGUCUACUGUGUCAAGAACCUCGGCCUUGACCAUGCAAAGGUCAACCCCCGUGGUGGUGCCAUUGCUAUUGGCCACCCUCUUGGCGCGACCGGUGCGCGUCAAAUCGCUACAAUUCUGAGCGAGGCUAGACGCACAAAGAGCAAGAUUCUGGUCACUUCCAUGUGCAUUGGAACUGGUCAGGGUAUGGCGGGUCUGUUCGUCAACGAGCAAAUUUAA